AUGGAUGAACUGAUUCGCUUCGUCAAGCAGCACCGGCGUCAGAUCACACAGUUUGCCAAAAAGGCAUUCACCUGGUAUAAGAAAAACAAGGGCGGCAGUGGUGGCGGCGGCGGUGGUCAACAAGGUGGUGGUUCGUACGGACAAGCCCCCUCGUACGGCGGGCAACAGGCGUACCAACAACCUCCAGCCCAAGGCGGUUACGGCGGUGGAGGAUAUGCAGGAGCAGCCGGCGGCGGAGGCUAUAAUCAGCCACCACCACAAGGAUCAUACGGUGCACCACAGCCGCACCACGGCGCACCGAGCCAAGGUCCGCACUACAAAUUCUCGCAGGACAACCAGGUGAACCAGCACGAUGCCAACUACGUGAACCUGCGCAACCAGGCACGAUCGGAAGGCGACAAGAUGGCGCAGUGCUUCGACCAGUCCCACAAAGCCUAUGCACAGGGCGACGGCUCUCGGGCCAAACAGCUCAGCAACGAGGGACACGACCACAAGACCAACAUGGAACGUCUCAACAAGCAGGCCGCCGACUGGAUCUUUAUGGCCAACAACGAAGACUCGCCGCAGGGAACGAUCGACCUGCACGGCCUCUACACUUCCGAGGCACUGGAGAGGACCGAACAGGCUGUGAAACAGGGACAGGCGCAAGGGUGGAGCGAGAUGCGCAUCAUUGUGGGCAAGGGUCUGCACAGCAAGGACCACCGUCAGCACAUUGCGCCUGCUGUCGAGAAGAUGAUGCGCGACUACAGGCUGGAAGCACACUUGGACCCUCGUAACGCCGGCGUGCUGGUUGUCAACCUGCGGGGGAACGGUCAGGGCGGUGCUGCGUUUACGCGUGACCUUGCCAAGCAGACGACGGGUAACGAGGAUGAAUGCGUGAUUAUGUGA